GGGGAGGCCUGGAUAUUGUUUCUCCUGUCUCUGCGUCCUGCCGCUCUCAUGCCUGGGCUCAGAGCUCUCAAACAUCCACGAUGGCCUUCCCCAGCCCAGUGCGACCCUCUGUUAUCCCAGAGAAUGAAGAAAUCCCCUGGACAGCCCUUAACAGUGCCCACGAGGCUAAUGGGAAUGAAAAUGAGAGGGUCGUGUCCAAAGUGCAGCGCAGGCACAGUGACGUCCAAGUCUACAAGGAGUUCUGUGACUUCUAUGCGAAAUUCAAUAUGGCCAAUGCCCUGGCCAGUGCCACGUGUGAGCGCUGCAGAGGGGGCUUUGCGCCUGCUGAGAAGAUAGUGAACAGCAACGGGGAGCUGUACCAUGAGCAGUGCUUCGUGUGUGCUCAGUGCUUCCAGCAGUUCCCGGAGGGACUCUUCUAUGAGUUUGAAGGAAGGAAGUACUGUGAACAUGAUUUUCAGAUGCUCUUUGCUCCUUGUUGUCAUCAGUGUGGUGAAUUCAUCAUUGGCCGAGUUAUCAAAGCCAUGAAUAACAGCUGGCAUCCUGAGUGCUUCCGUUGUGACCUCUGCCAGGAAGUUCUAGCAGACAUUGGGUUUGUCAAGAAUGCCGGGAGACACCUCUGCCGCCCCUGUCACAAUCGUGAGAAAGCCAGAGGCCUGGGGAAGUACAUCUGUCAGAAGUGCCACGCCAUCAUCGAUGAACAGCCUCUGAUAUUCAAGAACGACCCUUACCAUCCGGACCAUUUCAACUGUGCCAAUUGCGGGAAGGAGCUGACCGCUGAUGCUCGGGAGCUGAAAGGGGAACUGUACUGCUUGCCAUGCCAUGAUAAAAUGGGGGUCCCCAUCUGUGGUGCUUGCCGACGACCCAUCGAAGGGCGUGUGGUAAAUGCCAUGGGCAAGCAGUGGCAUGUGGAGCAUUUUGUUUGUGCCAAGUGUGAAAAACCAUUUCUUGGACAUCGCCAUUAUGAGAGGAAGGGGCUGGCAUAUUGUGAAACCCACUAUAACCAGCUAUUUGGUGAUGUUUGUUUCCACUGCAACCGUGUUAUAGAAGGUGAUGUGGUCUCUGCUCUUAAUAAGGCCUGGUGUGUGAACUGCUUUGCCUGUUCUACCUGCAACACUAAAUUAACACUCAAGAACAAAUUUGUGGAGUUUGACAUGAAGCCAGUCUGUAAGAAGUGCUAUGAGAAAUUUCCAUUGGAGCUGAAGAAAAGACUUAAGAAACUAGCUGAGACCUUAGGAAGGAAGUAACUUCCUUUAUUUUAUUUUUUUUCUUCUAUGCAAAGAUAAGAGAUUACCAACAUGACUUGAUUGACCUUAUUUAAAGCUAUAUUUCAAAGCAGUUAAGAGUGAAGAGGACCUGUAUGAAUAGUUUUCUUCAACUCCUUUUUCUCAUUAAAAAGAAGAAAAUUUGUAUGAUCAUAUUUAAAACACAGAUGAAAUCAAGAUAUGCUUUUAUUAACCCAUAUCAAUUUAUUGACAUAUACGCUAUAUAGCAAAAAAUACAUGGCUAAAUGUUAAAUUUUAAUUAAGGCCCUAAAAUUUAAAUAUAACUUCUUAAAAUGAAAGAAGCCACAUUUUACAUGACUCACAUAAUAACAGUAUAAACAUUAGUUUACUUUGUAGUCAAAAGAAAAUUAUUUACAACAGCUGUUGGUUGAAGAUAUCAGGAAGAAAAAUGACCAACCAAGAAAAACAAAUCUUACACAGUCUUAGUAUGAUUAUCAAAUUAAUAGCUGUAAAAUGAAUAUAUACACUACUAAGACAAGAAACAGGUAUAUUCAGAACUACUUGAUUUUGUUACUUUUUUGUUAUUUGCAAUGAUUAUUAUGCUUUGUUUUAUAUUUUGUCCUCUUUGUGAACUUCUUCCUUCUUAUGAUUACUUAACACAGUAGUUAUAGCUAGCUAAUAGUAUGUCUUUUAAAAAUUUGUGCAAAAAAUUUGUAUCAGGUAUUUGAAAAUACAGUAUACUUUACAAUAUUGGAAAGAUGAAAUAUUUUUUAAUGUAUUACAGCAAUUAUGCUUCUAAGCUUAAUGUCAGACAUGUCUUAGAAUAGGACAUGAAAUUAAAUUUUAUGUAGCUUGGAAAAUAUACCAUCACUUAAAAAAAAGUGGAUGUGUAUGUACUGGUCAUAUUGCCUUUAUAACCAUGCUGAUAUCUAUGCUUUAUUCAUAAUCAAACUUGCCUUGCCUGACUUAGAAAUACACAUGCUUUAGUCAGAAAGUCUAGCUGUUUCAUACAGUAUCAACUAAAAAUAAGUGCAUUUACUGAGACUGGUAAACCCAAAUUUAUUUACCACAAGUGUAAUUAAAUAUUUAAAAAAAUUUUUCUUUCUUUUGGGGGAACUGCAUUGAAAUUCAUUCCUGUCAUCUUUUUGUAAGAGAAUGAUGUUGACAUGUGUUUCAUGUUUUCCAUCUCAAAUCUCAUAAUUAAUUAGAUUUUAUUUACUAUAUGUAGAAAGUAUAAAUGACACUUAAAUUGGAAGAGGGAUGUUUUGGUGUCAAUUUUAGGCCAAAAUUAGUGAAUUAUUUUAUUUCAUAAAAAGUUCUGUUCUGAAAUUUCUGGACCAUUCUUUCUGGGUAAACUUGUUAUGCAAAGCAAGCAUUUGAACGUUUAAAAAAUGUUCUUGCUGUUAUGUUAUUUAAGAAGAAAACUGCCAAUAUAGACUUCUAACAGGGAUAUUACUAGUUUUUCCAAAAAUUGCUGAAAAAUUAUUUUGCCAUAAGAAAAUCUCAGGAUGCUACCACUCUGCCAUUAAAAUACAUGUAUGCAUGCAUUAAAGAAAUCUUGUGCAUGCGGUUUACAGAAUAAAUUCUGUUUCUGUUUUCAGAUAACUUAUAACCAAUACUUUAUUUUUUAGUGUUCUUUUAGAGUUAAAGGAAUUAUUAUUAUAAAUGAUUGAAAAUAAUUAAUAUGUAGUUCAGGACUGUAUGUACUCAGUAGUUUAAAAUUGUCUCUACUUUUGACAAUAAGAAUCAAAAUCCCCUCAGUGUGCCUUUGACAGCCGAUAUAUGACCAGCAAUGAAAAGCUUGAAAGUAUUUAUUAAAUAUUAUACUAUGCAUAUAGGCAAAAUAGGACAGGGUUUGCAGUGUAGAGUCUUCAUGCUGAAUUCUUACAUACCCCUGCGCUACUCCUGUAGAAAUACAGAGCAGAAAAGCAGACAUUUGCAUAUAUUCUCGAUCACUUUGAAGAUGUAUGGACUGAACUCGAUAGCUUUUGUUUUCAUAUCAUAGAUGACCAGACAUCAGCUGUAGCCAGAGUUCCCACUGCUGUCUUUGCUCAGUCCUCUCUUAAAAUAUGAAUUAUUAUUUCCUGGAAGUAUUUUUAAUGGGCUUGCCCUGGCUGCUGAAAAAUUCAGGCCAGUGAGCAUUUCUUUUUUUAAAGUCCUGUAAGACAAUUUGAAAUAAUUCACUGUUUUUACCUAAUUUCUACAUGCUCUUUUUCUUAGCAAGCCUAAUAUAAUUUGGGAAAAUGGGUAAAAGUAAAACGUUCUUUGGAUCAUGUUCAAAGCCUUACUAACAAACACUGCACCUCAACCUCAAAAGAUAGGUCAUUUUGCCUCACCCAUUUGACAUAAUAGCCAUUUCUAAGUUAAGGAAAUUUUGAGGUAGACUUAUAGCAUUCUUGUUGUAUUCCAGUUUAGAUUGUAAGCUCAAUGGCAGGGGCACUUUAUCAACAAUUAUGUUUUUAUAUAGCAACCACUGCAGUAUACUCUUUGUUGGUGCUUAAUAAAUGUUCAUAAUUAUUAACAAUAA